GGGGCGGAGCCGGGCCGGGGCCGGCUGUCGGCGGCGCCCCUACUUCAGGUGUUGCGGCGGUUCCACGUCGCCAGGCGGUCCGCUGCUUCCGUGAGCUCAGGCUUCCCUCAGUGUCCGGAGCGCCGGCCCUUCGGCUCCCGCGCGGCCAUGGCGGGGCCGGGCCCGGGCGCGGGAGACCCGGACGAGCAGUACGAUUUCCUGUUCAAGCUGGUGCUGGUGGGCGACGCUAGCGUGGGCAAGACGUGCGUGGUGCAGCGCUUCAAGACGGGCGCUUUCUCGGAGCGCCAGGGCAGCACCAUCGGCGUCGACUUCACCAUGAAGACGCUGGAGAUCCAGGGCAAGCGGGUCAAGCUGCAGAUCUGGGACACGGCUGGCCAGGAGCGAUUCCGCACCAUCACCCAGAGCUACUACCGCAGUGCCAACGGGGCCAUCCUCGCGUACGACAUCACGAAGAGGAGCUCCUUUCUGUCAGUGCCUCACUGGAUCGAGGACGUGAGGAAGUACGCAGGCUCUAACAUCGUGCAGCUGCUGAUCGGGAACAAGUCGGACCUGGGCGAGCUCCGCGAGGUCCCCCUGGCCGAGGCACAGAGCCUGGCGGAGCGCUACGAUAUCCUGUGCGCCAUCGAGACGUCUGCCAAGGACUCGAGCAACGUGGAGGAGGCCUUCGUGAGGGUGGCCACGGAGCUGGUGGUCAGGCACGGCGGCCCUCUGCUCAGUGAGAAGGGCACUGACCACAUCCAGCUGGAUAGCAAGGACAUCGGAGAGAGCUGGGGUUGUGGCUGCUGACCGGGGUGCAGGGCAGGCAGGCAGGGGCCGCCCCACCUCCUCUCUCUCUCUCUCUCUGGCCUUUCGGGCCCACCCCUCCAGAGCUGGCCAUCCAUGGCGCCAGCGAUUCUAGAGCAGCUGGAUAAAGUCCUGGAAUUAUCCA